AUGAAUGUGGAUCCCUACAAGAUAGAGAUCUUCCUGGACCAGAAGAUCCUCCACCCCGGUCAGAAACUGACGGGUACCGUGAUCCUCGACCUUCAGAAGGCGCUUUCCUGUAGCCGGAUCGAGGUUCAGUUGUUUGGAAGUGCCAGAGUCUUCUUUGUUCAACAAAUUGUGGGUUUAUAUUGUUAUAAAUUUAAAUCUAAUUUUGGAAUUCGAAUUAUAUAAUGCUUUAUAUAUUGGUAAGAAGAAUAUUUCAGACAAAACCGACUGUUCUCUUACAAAACAAAGCCUUCGAACAGGAAAUAAUACUCCUCGAUCAAACCAAGAAUGUUUACGAUGAUGGAUCUAAGCCUAAACAACUGACUGUAAGUUACUUUUACGUAAACUAAAGUUAACAAACUUACACUCAGCUAGGAAUUACCGUAAGAUUUCGACUAAAAUUUCUAUUUUUUAAAUAAUUUUAACAUGAAAGUUAGGCGUACAAGCUUGAUAAAAAUAUAAUAUAAUGAUAGAUUGUUCUAAUUAUGUUUAAAACUUUAGUUAGACGAAAUAGCGAGGAAAUCUAGUUCGACAGCCAUUAGAUUUCCGACACAGAAAAGUAGUACCAUUAGCAGUGGUACUCAUGAGUACCAAUUUGGUUUCGACUUGCCAGCUGCUGGCUUGUAUACGUCUUUUGAUGCUAAAGGAGCAGCUGGAUAUGUGAGGUACUACAUUCUGGUAAGUUCAGUUUCUACAAAUACAAUCCAAAAUAUAAAGUGUGUAAAAUGUAUACUAUAUGUAAAUUUAUACUAAUAUAUAACACGUAUAGUAUGUUUCAUGCCAUUUUACUUUUCAAACGAUAAUUGUAAGACAAGUAGAUUAAACUUAAAAUGAAAUUUCAGGUAAAAUGUUUUAAUGGACCUACCGUGGUAAGACGCCAAAAGUUACUGUUUCCAAUUGUCGUACCAGUAGUACUUACUCUUGAUCCCACUCCGGAGAUAGUACUAGACAGAUAUGUCAAAACUUCUAAAGGACUAGUCACUGUCAAGCUACAGCUGGCUAAAAAUAAGUUUUUGCCUGGAGAAGCAGUGAACGGAGUGGUUACUAUCAACAAUCAGUAAGUGAAUUUAUUAUUUUCGUCUGAUCUCUGUUUCUCUAACAAGGGGAUGUUACAAACUGUCCAUUUGCUUUUUAAAAAUGAGUGAUACCAUUUGAAACAGCGUAAAAAGUGGACUGGAAAUCUAUUUUUAAAAACUGCCAAGUUCGCUUUACAAGUUCGCUAGCGAGAUUUUAAAAUUUUCCUUAAUAAAAUGGUUUUUCUACGUUCGCUUUCUUCCAGGAACCAAAUAUGCUCGAUUGGCCAAGUGGUCAAAGGCGCCGUGAUAUCAUGCGGGUUAGGUUCGAUUCUCUUUUGGUGUAGUGACUUUUAUUUUUUAAAAUUUAAAUUGAAGUUAAGUUGCAUUAACAAAACUAAAGUUUUUUUCGUUAAUAAUUGUUCCUUAUAUCUAUUAAAACAUAAAACAACAAAAAACUAAAAUUUUCGAAAGUAAUAAUCCAAAAGAAAGCAUAAUAACUUAAAAGGUCCUUUUACUAAUGAUUUUAAAAUCUUGCUAGCGGGCUUGUAAGGCAAAUUUGGCAGUUUUUGAAAAUAGAUUUCUAGUCAACUUUUUACGCUCUUUCACAUGGUAUCAUACAUUUUUAAAAAGUGAAUGUACAGUUUGUAACAUUCCCUUGUAAGAGAUACUGUAAUUGAUAUAACAGUAUGACAUUUUAGAACAACAAGCUCGAUCAAAAAGGCCCAUCUUUACAUAGUCCAAGAUACCGUGUGCUAUGCUGUCACUCCAGAAUCCCAAUUUCAAGAAAGUCAGUACAAAACCCCUGGAAUGGGGCUUCCUCAAGACAAGGUGACAGCCGGUAACUCGUUACAGUACCCCAUCAGAUUCAAUAUCCCUGCCUUAGUACCAGGAGUUUUGGUGGAUGGCUGUAUUCACAUGCAGUACCAGUUAUGUCUGGAUGUUGGGUUUGAAAGAGAAAUCAACAAGGGCACCAUUGCGCAGAUUACGGUAAGGGGUUAACUGUAUAUUUAACUUAAUUAGGAAAGUCGGCAAUUUAAUAGAUAAACCUAAAUUAUUUUCUUGGUACAAUAUUAAAUUUAAUAUAAAAGUGUUGUUGGCGUUCAAGAGUAAAAUAUUAUUGUUUCAGGUCCCAAUAGAGAUUGGUACCCACAUCUCAGCAGAUGCCCCUCCACCAUACGAUUCUCUUGACUUCAGUGUAUCAUCAGGUAGGCAGACCCUCUUUAGUUGUAUUUAUAUAAUGUAUUUUCAGCCCCGCCAGGCUACAACCAGAGUGUGACUGGACUGACCGAGACCUUCGAAGCUGAAUUCUCCAAUUUAUACAACCCCAUGUGCUGUUAUUACAGUAACCCGGGCUUUGAAAAAGACGAAAAUUCCAAGAAAAACGAAUAG